AUGGAUGGAGUAGGCUCGCGGAGUACUUAUUCACCCGCCACGAAGCCCCGCACCUGGCUAAGGAUGGGUAUGCUCGCAUUUUGCCCCGAGAUAGAAGGGAAAACACACCUGAUUCAUUUUCACGAGGUGCUGCAGACUAAAAAGAGGAAGGAUAUUUCAUUCCGAUUUCAGUUUUUCAAGUUCUAUCGAUCGAAGAAUGUUUGUGGUUCCCUGGUCUUCUUGGUUCCAGCUGACAUCUCGAACAGAUUCCGAGAAGAUGAAGGGCGGUUGUUCCAGGCGUACAAUGAUGAAAGAGAAAUUGAGCGGUUAGACAUACAACACCACGCUAUGAAAGCGAGCAUGGGCGGCCACAAUUACUUAGCCCCUUUACGAAACGUCCUGCCAAAUGGUGGUGAAGGAAGACGUGUAAUCGAUCUUGGAACUGGGACAGGAAUAUGGGCGAUAGAGAUUGCCAUUGAAUUCCCCCGUUCCGAAGUCGUCGGUGUAGAUCUCUCGCCCAUAUUCAGAGAAGGCGAGUUACCGGAUAAUGUGCAAUUUACAGUCGAAGACGCCUCUGCCGGUCUGUCGUUUCCCGAUGGUUCUUUCGAUGUUGUCACAAGUCGAUUUAUAAUGGCUGGUGUUCGUGAUUUUAUUCUCGCCCCAAUAAUCCUUCUCGUCUUCCUUGGUAAUCAGUGUAACCUAUUUUGUCUUGAUAUCCGAUCUUCCAACCGACUCUCCGGUGGUCUGAAAGGCUCUAUCCGUAAUUGGACAUCCUUCAUCGCCGAGACAGUGCGUUUACUUCGGCCUGGUGGUUUACUAUACAUCAUCGAUGCAGAGUUUCCAUGGCGGAUUAGAGAUAUUCCUCAGGACGAGGAGACGCAACGUAUGGUAGGACCAGGAUUUAUCAAAUUUGUUGAUUAUCUGACCCGCACAUUCGACGGCAGGGGUUAUGACAUACUUUGUGGAUCACGUACGAUUCCACAGGUCAUGCGUGAACACCCAGAAUUAGGGCAUGUAACAACUAUCGAGUCAUAUCUCCCAUUAUGGGGAUGGUCCUCCGAUCCGUAUAUGAAGCGAGCAGGAGAAAUCAUGUUAGCUGAUUCGAGGGAGAUUCCAGAUACAAGUGCUGUGGCUGUUCCACAUGAGGAGUCUCGAGUCGGGCUGAUGAGAGACCGCCAAAGUCGUCAUUAA